AGGAGAGAAUCAGUGACAGAGUCUUCAUUCUCAGGACAGGGACACUGGAGCCUCUGCCUAAAAAGUAGAGAUUCUGAGGAGGCUACAAAUAACAGUUCGGCGUUCUUAUUUCCUUCCCUGUGGUAGAAACUGGAAACAAGUAGCCAUCUGUUGUUUGGUCCACUCAAAAGAGGAUGUUGAGGCUUGUUUUUCCUUCGGAUCCAAGGGUGCUCCGGAGCCUGGCAGUCCCUGCCUUUCUCGUGCAAAGCGUCUCUGAGAAGGCAUUGGAGUGGAACUUCUCAGGUGGACCCCUGAGCAUGGAACACGCCCAUGACAGUGAUGGUAGUUCCAGCAGCAGCCGCAGCAGCAACCGCCAGAGCCUCAAGAGCACAGCCAAAUGGGCAACCUCCCUGGAAAACCUGCUGGAAGACCCUGAAGGCGUGAAGAGAUUUAGGGAAUUUUUAAAAAAGGAAUUCAGUGAAGAAAACGUUUUGUUUUGGCUAGCAUGUGAAGAUUUUAAGAAAACUCAAGAUAAAAAGCAGAUGCAGGAAAAGGCAAAAGAGAUCUACACAACCUUUCUGUCCAGUAAGGCCUCGUCACAGGUCAAUGUGGAGGGACAAUCUCGGCUCGAUGAAAAGAUCCUGGAAGAGCCACACCCUCUCAUGUUCCAGAAACUCCAGGACCAGAUCUUCAAUCUCAUGAAGUAUGACAGCUACAGCCGCUUUCUAAAAUCUGACUUGUUUUUAAAACACAAGCAAACCGAGGAAGAAGAAGAAGAUCCACCUGAUGCUCAGACUGCAGCUAAAAGAGCCUCUAGAAUUUAUAACACAUGAGCCCCCAAAGAGCCGGGACUGACAGCUUUAAGAAGGGAAGGAAGCGACUCUCAGGAUCACGCAGGGUUUAUAAUUGCUUUUGUUGUUUGCAAGGACUGAAGCGUACAGAACCCUUCAGUGGGGUCUGUGUAUUUUAUUAACUGCUUCACCAGUAAGUUUUGCAUGAUGCCUAAUCUUAUAUUAAAAAAAAUA